AUUAACAAUACUAGAGUCGCUUAUGAUGAAGAUUUUACUUGCCUGAAAACGAAUGAUGAGAAAUUUUUUAUUCAUUCAAAAAAGCUGGGAAUUCCUACGGAACCAUUAGAUUUGAAUGAAGUCGAAAAGAAAGUUUAUAUGAAAGAUUAUCUAUAUUUGUUAGUUUCUUUAUUUGAUUAUCCUUGGAUUUGGAAUGAUAAUCACUAUGCUAUUGAUUCUAAAUCAGAAAAUUAUAUAUUUGCAAAUGUAUCCGAUAAAUUAGAUUCAUCUGCGGAAGUAAAAACAAAUGAACAAUCAGAACCUUCUAAAAUAACUCCAAAACAAAAUUUAUCAAAUUGUCAAUUAGAUAAAGGUUCAAUUAUAUGGAAAAUUAAAAUUGAAGGAUUAGAUAAUCCGAAGUUUAAAACUCUGGAUAAAGAUACUAUAGAAUUUAUUGACGAGAUAUCAAAGGAGAAGUUUAAAACACUGGAUAAAGAUACUAUGGAAUUUAUUGACGAGAAAACAAAGGAGAAUAGGAAAACAAUUUACAAAACAUCAAUCAAAAAUUAUAUUAAAAAAUUCGAUCUUGAAUCGGAUGAAGCAUUAAUUGAAGAUUUUAUUAAACGGCUAAUUAUAAUUGAUAAAGAAUCAAAAAAAGAGAAAGAUUAUAAAGAAAAAAAAAUAAUUAAUUUAGAUAUUAAUGAACGGAUGACUAAACUUGAAGAAGAGACAAUUAAAUUUGAAGAGGAGGUUCAUAAAAAUUGGAAAAACAAAAUCGAAAAAUUAAUGAGGGAAUUUACAAUACGUAUGACUAAAAUUAAAAAAUUAGCGAAGGAUAACUUUCAAAUUAAUAUCGCAGAAAAUGAGUUGCGAGUUGAAAAAGAUUUGAUUCGUUUAUUUGGUGCAGAUAAAUAUUUAAGAGAUGCAAAGGUCAAAAAAAACAAAUAUAUCAAGAUAUUUGCUUUCAAAUCAUUAAAAAAUAAUGAUAUUUUUAUACUAACUGAAAUUGGCAUUUUUAUUUUCCAUUUAAUUGAUGAUAAUAAGAACUUAAUUUCUUUGAAUUAUUAUCAUAUACACUUGUAUGAAUCGGAUAUAUUUAUCGGAGACGAAAAUAGAACUAGUGAUUAUGAUGAAUUAAUUUAUGGAUGGAUGGCAUAU